AUGGAGUGCGAGGCGCGGACCCAAUUACGCGCAGAGCCCCAGGCGCCCCGCCCCGCCGCGCGCCUCCUGGGUGCCUGCGAAAUCAAUGGCUGUUCCAAAGUGCCAGCGAUUAAGGAAACUGUGCAGGGCCGGGCACAGGCAUUUGUCACGGCGAUUCUGGGGGAUACGUCUGAUCAGGGGCUUUCAAAUAAAAGCAGAGAGCGCAGCCUCGCACCCCGCCCGCCUGCCCUGAUGCUGCACGCGGACAGGAAGAGCCCGGCUGGGGACGAAGGAGGCAAGGAGCCUCCAUCGAUCCUAGUGACUGGAGAGAACAGCGCAGCAAAAGGCAGCAGACCCGUGGCCUCUACUCCGGUGCCCGGAUCCCCCUGGUGUGUGGUCUGGACGGGCGACGACCGUGUUUUCUUCUUCAACCCCACGAUGCAGCUGUCUGUCUGGGAGAAGCCCGUGGACCUCAAGAACCGCGGGGACCUCAACAGGAUCAUCGAAGACCCGCCCCACAAGCGCAAGCUGGAGGCCUCACCAACCGAGCCCAGCGAUGGAUUGAGCUCUGAAGACAGCAGAGAAGACCCCAACGUGAAAACCAAGAGGAACCGGACGGAAGGCCGCGAGAGUCCUGGGCCAGAGGAGGCAGAGGAGGCGGAGAAAGAGGACAAAGUCGCCAAGACGCCGCCACCCCAGAUCCUCCUGCCCCUGGAGGAGCGGGUGACCCACUUCAGAGACAUGCUCCUGGAGAGAGGGGUGUCAGCAUUUUCUACCUGGGAGAAAGAACUACACAAAAUCGUGUUUGAUCCACGCUAUCUCCUGCUGAACUGUGAGGAACGUAAGCAGAUAUUUGAACAGUUUGUCAAGACAAGAAUAAAAGAAGAAUACAAGGAGAAGAAGAGUAAAUUGCUGCUAGCCAAAGAAGAAUUCAAGAAACUUCUAGAGGAAUCUAAAGUGUCACCCAGGACCACGUUUAAGGAGUUUGCCGAGAAGUACGGCCGGGACCAGAGGUUUCGACUUGUUCAAAAGAGGAAGGACCAGGAGCAUUUUUUCAACCAAUUCAUCCUUAUUCUGAAGAAACGGGACAAGGAAAACAGACUCAGGCUACGGAAAAUGAGAUGAGUCUGUACAGAAGGCAAUAAGACUGAGAGUUGCAGGGCGAAGGGGGGAUGCCCUAGGGAGACCCCCAGAGAUCACGGCGUCCCCCCCGGGGGGUGCUCUCCAGCUUCGCCUUGGGCUGAGUUCUCAGAGGAUUACUGUUUCAUAUUGAAGCUCUCUUUUGUACCACGUUCAGAGUUUGAUGCAUUUCUAACUGCCAUGAUACGUCGAUCCCUUGUUUUAAUUAUGCAAAUUCCUUGUAAUAUACACAAAUUAUAAAUCCACUUCAGGUUUGUAAGUCAGCAGAAACAGGCACCUUCUAGAACCAUCUCAAGGCCUUUUCGCAAGUUGAGCUGAUUAUCUGAAACUUUUCUGAAAACCUUUAUGAGUUUCUUGGAUUCUUCGGGAGCUCCGUGGUGGCGGGGAACUCCUUACUCCAGUGUCCCGAGGUCUCCGUCUGUUUCCUGAGUAGCAGCAAUAGGAUAGUCACCAUUACUCAUAGUGACAACUGUGCGCAUCUCGACACAUGGACCACACAUCACCCGCAGGUGGCGAAGGGCGAUCGCCUCAUUCCCCGGGGACAUCGGGCCUGGAGAAGGGGGCUGCACUGUCUGUUGGGGGUCCUACUCAAAAAGGAAUUAUUUUGUACAAAAUCAUCAUAUUAAUAUUUGAGUUAUUUUUAUUGUAUGC